CCGGACUGAAGGCGCGUUGCACGCAGGCGGGAGCGCAUGGAGCCGCCGGCCGGGCCGGGCCGGGGUGGCAUUUGCCCGGCUCCGGGGGGCGAGCGGGGCACCGAUCCGGGCCAGGGCUCCUCCGCGGCCGGGAGGGCCCCAGGGGCGCAGGGCAGCUGGUCGGGGGCGGCUGGCGGCAAUUGGAUCACGGCUCACCCCACGUUCACAGAAAUGAUGUCACUUGAUGUAUCCGACAGCACUCAAGUCUAUGCUGCCUUUUUGGUGUACCUGGACCUCUUGGAAGGGAGGAACUGGCAUGAGGUGCACCCGGUGGGCGUGGCAGAGCUGCAGCUGGUGUGUUUGCACGCCCGUGCCAGGGAGCAGGAGGGGCUCCAGGUGAUGGUGCCAGUGCCUGCACACAUCCUGAUCAGCCACGAGAGGUUAAGGGAAAUACUGAAGAAAGCCUCUCUCCCUCCAGAGGAUCCCGACACCCUGCUGUCAGUUACCUUGGCCAUAGUUGAGACAGACUCCACAAUAGUCUACUAUAAAAUGACUGAUGGCUUUGUAAUGCCAGAUCCUCCUGAUGAUACCAAAGAUGUGGAUAAUAAACAGUGGAGGAAGAAAAGAAAGAAACUUUUCAAAUGACUGGGGCAGAGAAAACAAAACGUUUCUUGAACUCCUGUGCUCAAACCCAAACAAAUGCAGGAACUGAUGUAAGUGAAUAAGUGGUGUGCUAAAGUCUGCCUUGGCAUACCAAGAUGUGUUCAGGGAGAACAGAGGCUUGUGCAGCUGCACUGUGAUGAAAUGCCAUUUGAGGUAUGCUUUGACACAGAUCGGUCCUGACUAAUAAAUACUCUUGGGAAGUGUUAGCAAAGCUUGUGUUUCCUUU